AUCAGGGAAGAAUGUAAGAGCCUCUAAAUUCUGUUUCUCCCCUCUCCCCUCUCUCCUCUCUUCUCCACUCCCCCAUUUCCCCCUCUUCCCUCCCUUCUCCUCCCUCCCCACCCCUAGUAUUGACUCUCUGGGAUUCAGGGCAGAAACAGAGGUCUAAGACCUAAGGAAAGAAAAGAGUAAAACCCAUCCUGUCCAUCCCUUUCUCCUCUCCAGCAAACCCUUCUGAAGUCAAGUGCACAGAUCUGGGAUGAUGCAUCUGUAAAAUCAGCCCCAAUCAGGCAAGUGGGAUAGUGUGGAGACACUUGUGAAAAGACUGAAGUAAUGGCAGCAGAGGGAGAUCCCCCAGUCCAAUUCAAGCUUGUCCUUGUAGGUGAUGGUGGUACUGGGAAGACAACCUUUGUGAAACGCCACUUGACUGGUGAAUUUGAAAAGAAGUAUGUGGCCACUCUUGGCGUGGAGGUACAUCCUCUGAUGUUCCACACCAGCAGAGGGCCCAUCAAGUUUAACGUCUGGGACACUGCUGGCCAGGAAAAGUUUGGGGGCCUGCGAGACGGCUAUUACAUCCAAGCCCAGGGUGCCAUUAUAAUGUUCGAUGUAACAUCAAGAGUUACUUACAAAAAUGUGCCCAACUGGCAUAGAGAUCUGGUACGAGUGUGUGAAAACAUCCCCAUUGUGCUGUGUGGCAACAAAGUGGACGUUAAAGACAGAAAAGUGAAGGCGAAGUCUAUUGUCUUCCACCGCAAGAAGAACCUUCAGUAUUAUGACAUUUCAGCCAAAAGCAACUACAAUUUUGAGAAGCCCUUCCUCUGGCUCUCCAGAAGACUCACUGGGGACUCUAACUUGGAGUUCGUUGCCAUGCCAGCUCUAGCCCCACCUGAGGUGGUCAUGGACCCAGCAUUAGUAAAGAAAUAUGAGCGUGACCUGGAGGUGGCACAGACCACUGUUCUCCCUGAUGAGGAUGACGACCUAUGAGAAAGUGAAGCUUGGAUGGUUUCACAAGCCUAAGUGUACAGACAGCUGACCUGUAAUGUCCUUCAUGUGAGCUGUGUGUCACCUUGCUACCUACAGAAGGCUUCAGAGUGAAUGCGGCAGUUACAAACACCUUCCAUCUGGGAUUUGCUGAUUUAGCUGCUUGGUAUGCACUUGUUUCUUCCCUGGGGUUCAAGACUAAGAGUGCUACAGUUACAACCUGUAUUCUGUGGCAAAAUCUUGGUACUGUGAUUUCAUUCUUUUUGCUUAAAAUAAAAUAAAGUAGCAUUUCAAACACC